AUGAUGUACAGUACCAACGUAGAUACCGGUAGAGACAACGACUUUGACGGCGUCGGACUAGGGAUCUCGGACAGCGACUGCUCACAGAAUCAGCCUCCUUUGCAUCAUAAUUUUCCAGCAUCCACCCGUAUUGACAUGGGAUCCUCGAGAAAUUUCAAUCGAGUAGUUGCAACCAUUCCUACUCCUGGUGCCGCUAUGGACGCUGCGGCAAACGCCGAAUUCCAUCCCAGUGUCACGAUGGAGCAGCGGGUAUCAGAAGACGAGGACACAGCAUGUGCUGCUGGCAACGAAGAGCCAGCGGACAUCGAGCUCACUCGACUCUGCCAGCCACAACAACAUCAACCAACCGAUGACGAGGCAACACCACUUCCCAGAUCGUCUCCAUCUUCGCUCAGAUCCUACGAGCAAUGGUCGUCAGCAUCGAUCCGUACUGGGUCCGACAAGCACGACUGCAGCGACAGCGUCACACUAUCGGUAUCGGCGCAAAUUUUAUUUGCAGAACUUGUACCACCGCCCCAGCCACUCCCAACCUUACGGCCAACUCGACCUGCAAGCAAUCCUGGUGCAUAUCCCUUCUAUGGGGGUUUAACACCAAUCACCAUCGCUGAGGGACAACAUGGCAGCAACGACAACACAACCAAUGACAUGCCAAGCGCAUAUGUUGCUACCAAUGACGAUGACCAUCAUCAACAGACAGACCUGGGGAUACCCCAAACAGACUCAGAGCCAACCAGCACAUCAAAUCCAAGACCAACCAACUACUGGAGGCGUAAACUACUUCUUGCCCUUUCCCUAGAAACAAACGUGGCUUGCUUUGUGGUGAUCAUGAUUUUACUGUUCUUGUUCAUGAUAUUUCCAAAUGGCCCCACGGCAACAGUUCAACAACAAAACGAGCAAGCUAUCCGUAUUCCUUCCACUCCAGGAUUGGCAAGAGCAGCAGCAACACAGGCGCCAACAACAUUUCUAGAUGGGCUCAAUCUACCUGAGGGAAGUCACUGGGUGAAGCAACACGGAUGGUUGGAUUGGGAGAUGGAUGAAUGUAAUUGGAAACAAUUAGUCUUGGGCCAAGAAGACUCUUCAGAACUGAAUUGUAAUGACAACGGGGAAAUCAAGGCACUGACAUUUAUGAACGCCAACAACUUGGUAGGAACCCUUCCUCCAGAGAUAUCUUUAUUGGACAACAGCUUGGAAUAUCUGGAAAUUGCUCGACAGGAGGAACUUUCACGGACCAUCCCAACCGAAAUUGGACUGCUGACAAGACUGGCAAACUUAGAGUUCACUGUAACUGGGUUGUCCGGUACAGUUCCAACAGAGAUUGGCCAACUGCAGAGCCUUCAGAAUCUUCAAUUCGCUAUGACACAACUUCUGGGAAGCAUACCUUCAGAGGUUGGCCAAUUAGGCAACCUAUCAGCAUUACGCUUCUUAAGAACAAAUCUGACUGGUUCAAUGCCCGCUGAGGUGUUCCAAUUGCAAAACCUGAAGAUUUUCACUGUUGAUGGUUGCACGGAGAUGAACACAGAAUUCCUUCUUCCGAAUGUCAUUGAAAACAUGCAUCAGUUGGAAUUUCUGUUUCUAAGCAAGCAAACAUGUGGGGAAGAGAAUCCUUUUCCUUCGGGGCUGGGAAAUCUUUCAAAUAUUAGAGCUCUAUUCUUGUAUGAAUGGAAACUGAAUGGUACAAUUCCCAGUAAUAUUGGUGGCUUGACAAAGUUGAAUCAGCUUGUCUUACAUGGGAACUCAAUCUCUGGGACGUUUCCGCAGGAAUUAUCCAAGUUGUCUGGCCUCCUGAUGUUGAACAUGGGUGCCAACAAGAUCGAGGGCAAGCUUCCACCUGAUAUCUUUUCAAAACUAACUAUGCUCAGACAGGUAUACAUCAACGACAACAAGCUCUCAGGCAGGAUUCCAACUGAUGUUGGCCAACUGUCUGGGCUCAAAAAGCUAGAAUUGCAGCACACUCGUCUUUCUGGCUCGCUUCCCACUGAGUUGCUUGCUUUGGCCAAUUUGACUAGCUUGGUCAUCACAGACACAGGUUUGACAGGCAGCAUCCCAGUAGAACUGUGUGGCAAGCUACAGCAGCUAGAAUUACGAUGCUUUGGAGGCCAAUACUAUGAGGCGGUAAUGACCACAAAUGCUUCAGUAUGCCAAGGAACUUCUCUCUGUGGGUGCAACUGCGCCCCUUGCUAA